AGUAGGCAAUUUUUGUAUGUGAGAAGUUCAGAGCGCAGAAAAUAACAACAAAUAUUCGGAUUACAUAAUUCAAUACAAAAUAAAAAUACUAUGACAGUUUAUCUGAAAAUAAAUCAGUCUGCUAAAUAUAUGCACCUUAGGGGCUAUUUGUGUUUUUGUGGAAAAUAUUUAUGUGUUUCUGACUGGUAGCUCAGUUUUGUGAAAAAUAAAUUUUAAAUUGAAAGAUGUGCGGCGGCGGUGUUGCAUGAAAACAAAUUGAAAGAAAGUUUUUGUCACUUUUGAUAAAAGUUUUGUAAAAACAAAGGAAAAAAAUAUAAACAAUGCCUCUUUAUAGUGAUCCAGGAUAUUCCUACUAUAGCAGUAGUGGGGGAAGUUUGUAUUCUCCCUAUUACACUAGUCCAUUGUAUGGGUCUUCAUCAACAUCUUCCACUAGCCCAUACGCUCCUUAUACAUCGACCUACAAUAGGUCUUACAGUGGAACUUAUUCCCUUCCAUCAUCUUCAAGAUCCACCCGAUACACGACCAUGGUAUCGUCAUACCAGCCUAAACUUACUACGAUUACGGAAUCUCCUUUAAAUCGAUCGAACUUUAUUCCCUUAACGCGAAUUAAAUCCCCCAAAUUAUCUUCCUACACUUCUACGGCCUAUAUUCCCACACCUCGUACAUCACGCCUCAAGACUAUCAAUACCGCUGAUAUUGAUGUUUCGGCUACUUCACGUUAUGGCAAGCACCAUCACAUGGAAGACAGAAAGGAAGAAGCAGAAAAACCUGAAGCAGCUGAAGUCGAAACAGCAACGAAUAACAACAACAACAACACCGACAGUGAUACGAAUAGCAGUGUUGUUGAUCCAAAUUCACCCUACAUGCCAAGAGUCGAUGGUACUGAUACUGGUAACGUUGCCAGAUCAACAAUCAAACGAAAUCGAGCUGUUGUAAGGCUUUCAAUGAUGCGCCCACGAAAUAAGGCAAGUCCAAAGACAGAUGACAGCUUGAAAAAGGAUACCGAAGGAAAUACUGAUUCACCAAUCAAAACAAAAAAUUCCCCAGAAAAAUCCUACAUACAAGAUCGCACCCAAGAACAAAGUACUAAAAUGUGUGUUACCGACAUGAUUCAAUCCCAAGUUAGUGAGACCUCUUUAAAUGAAGUUGUAAUUGAGGUUGAUCCUAUUACAAAUGCUGUUCGUAGAUUAAGUAUUCCACCGGCACCAACUUUUCAUGAUAUUUGUGAAGACAUAUCAUCUGAUAAAAUCGAUGAUGAUUUGAAUGCUGGUGAAUUGAGAAGACGCGCUUCUUUGAUUCAAGAACAAGAAAUUGAAAUAAUCAAUGAAGUUCAAAAGUCACAAUCGGGUUCAUUUCAGGUUAUACAUUUGGAACGUCAAUUAAGUCAAGAGGAUUGUCGAAAAAGUCGCAAAUCGAAAAAAGUGAAAAAACUUCGUCACAAAAUCACAGCUAAUGUAGAAGUUAUAAAUCCUCCAUUAACACCAAUGAUUCAACAAACAAUUGAAGAAGAAUAUCAUUCAUCGGCUAGUCCGGCUGUUGUGACGCCUAAAUUUACAUUCAAUAUUGAAGAAAUCGAAGAGCAUAAGGUUUUUAAACUUCCAAAGAAAAGAGUCAAAAGUGUUAAAUCGAAGAAAGUUGUUGAAGAAAAAGUUAAAGAAACUCAAUCAUCUAUGUCUGUAGAUGAGUCUUCAGUGGUUUUGCCAAACGAAUCCAAAACUGUUGAAGAAACUAUCAGCAGUAAUCAAGAAAACUCUGAAAUCGAUGAAGACUUUUGGAAGAGUAUCGAAACCAAGUUGGAAAAUAGUGAAAAAGUUGAUUCAUCAUUGCCAAAAACUCCCCUUGAUAAAUCUCUAAGCUUGGAAAAGAAGGAAGAAGAACCAAUUGAAAAGGUUGCAACACCAAAACCUAUCAGAAAAGUUAUCAAAUCAGAUAGUAGUGAAGACUUUUGGUCACAAAUAGGUACUAGGGAGACUUUAUACAUGAAUAAACGUAAGAAACAGACAUCAGCUGAAAUCACAAACAGUAUUCAAGACUUGGAAGUUUCAAUGCCAAUCAAGGAUGAAGAAUUGCUAAAGACGUCAAAAACAUCUGAAGUCAAUGAUGAAAUAAAAAAGUCUGAUAAAGCAGUUGAAGAAAUCAAACUAGAAAUAAAAAGUGAUAAAUUAGACAAAGUACAGACAAAAGAACCAGCUUCAAAUGAUACUGCUAGUAAACCAAUGUCACCUAAAGUUGCAGAAAAAACAAUCAAAUCCCCUGUUCUACCUUUAGAAAAAGUUGAUAGUAAGGAUCAAGUUAAACUAUCAAUUACUGAAGCAACUAAGAAAGAAAUUCUUCCUCCAACUUCUCCUAAAGCUUUGAAAAGUAAAUUUGAACAAACAAUUUCCUUAAAUAAAAUCGAAACCCAAAAAUCUGAAGCAAAAACAAAUAAAGCACAACCGCUUGACAUCAAGAGCACAACAAAUCAAUCACUACCGGUCAUUGACAAAUUGCAAUCAAAAAUACUCGAGCAACCAUUAUCACCGAAAAAACUUAAUGAAAAGCCAAAGAUUCUAAUUGAACUAUCAAAGAAUGAAGAAACUACUGCAACUACUACCACCACCGAAGCAAUUAGUAAGACUCUUAAAACCUCACCAAAGACCAAGAAUGUUAUUAAAACUUCUUCGAAAAAGAAAUCCAGUCCUAAGAAUAGUGCCAAAGAAGAAAUAUCUCAACAAUCUCUCGAAUCGAAUGUCCAACCUAAAGCUAAACCAAGUGCAUCGUCUUUGACAGCGAUAUCAACACUAACACCAACCGAAGAAAGCAUCUCCUCGACGACGAAAAUAAGUUCUGGCAUCUCUGCCAAGACACCUGAUAAAAGGAAAUCUAUCAAAACUACUACUAAACCAGCAACCAAACAAAGUAUUACCAAAAGUGUGUCUCUUGUUGAAGUAACUUCUAAGGAAGUUUCAGAAUCCAAAGCUAUUAAUAAGGAAAAACCAUUGAAACAGCAAUCACCUUCAACACCUGUUACACCGACAUUUUUGAGGAAGUCAACCCAAUUGACAACACCAAAAAGUGAUAUUAAAAUAUUUGAGGAAGUCAAAUCGGAAACACUUGAUAAUAAACUAGAAAAGGACUCAAAACAAGCAGAUGCUUUGCAUACAAACUUAAAUGCAACGUCACCAUUAACUGCCCCAACGACAACGUCGUCACCGGUAAAUGAAACAAAAGCACCAGAAACUAUAAGCGUUACACAGCAGCCGCCAUUGGUGACACUAAAAACGACACCAGAUGUAUCAGUGGCACAGGUACAAACAACAACAUCAACUACUGAAUCUUCGUCGCAAUCAGUUGCAGCCGCAACCGUAGCCGCCGAAACAACAACAAAAACUACUGCGACCGAAGACAGUACUGUCCUCGGUAGUGGCAGCAAUAAUUUAUCAAAGUUCGCGACAGUUUCUAAUUUGGCACAGUAUCUGCUAGACGUUGAUGCCGAUCUAGAGGAUUACAUACCCUCCUCGGCCGAGGAGAGCGACAGUUCUAGCGAUUCGUAUAGCGGGGACGGUAGUUUAAGUGCAAGUAUGAAAAAGAAAAACAAGCAACUUAAGAAAAAAGCUAAGGAAGCGCAACAAGCGUUCGACCCAAAUAAAAAGAUUAAAAUCGAUACAAAGAAAAAGUGUUAUGUGAAAGAGGAAGCACCGCGAUAUCCUUUGGUGGCAACACCAAGACCAUUAUGGAAACGCGAGAAAAUCGUCUACGAAGAAUCUUCGAAUAGUAGCAGUGAAGAAACAGAAAGUGAAAGUGAGUGUACAACUUCAGAUGAGUACGAGGAUGAAUUGUGUCCAAAAGAUGCAAUCAUUCGCAUGAGCACCUGUAGCAAUGAUUCAGGAUUUGAUGGUGGUACAAUACCUUCAAGCCCGAAAAAAGUUCUAGAAACUUCGUACACUUACUUACAAUUCCAAAAAACAGGACGAAUAACAGCUCCGGCCACUACAAUUCCUAGAUUUAAGAAAUAUUCAGUUGAAGAUUUUAAUUUCCUUGCAGUGCUUGGAAAAGGCAGUUUCGGAAAGGUCCUUUUAGCAGAACUGCGAAAUACAGACUUUUAUUAUGCAGUCAAGUGUUUGAAAAAAGACGUAGUUCUUGAAGACGAUGAUGUUGAAUGCACUCUUAUUGAACGUAAAGUCUUGGCUUUGGGAACAAAACAUCCAUAUUUGUGUCAUUUGUUUUGUACUUUUCAAACCGAGAGUCAUUUGUUUUUUGUUAUGGAGUACCUGAAUGGCGGUGAUCUCAUGUUUCACAUACAGGAAAGCGGCAGAUUUCCUGAAGAAAGAGCUCGAUUUUAUGGAGCAGAAAUUAUAUCUGGACUUAAAUUUUUACACAAAAAAGGAAUUAUCUACAGAGAUCUUAAAUUAGAUAAUGUUCUAUUGGAUUUCGAUGGACAUGUUCGCAUUGCAGAUUUUGGAAUGUGUAAGCUUCAAAUAUAUUUAGAUAAGACAGCUGACAGUUUUUGUGGUACGCCAGAUUAUAUGGCACCUGAAAUUAUCAAGGGUGACAAAUAUAAUCAAAAUGUCGACUGGUGGUCAUUUGGUGUUUUGCUGUAUGAAAUGUUAAUUGGACAGUCACCAUUUAGUGGAUGUGAUGAGGACGAAUUAUUUUGGUCAAUAUGCAAUGAAAUACCAUGGUUUCCAGUUUAUAUAACAAGCGAGGCAACAAGCAUUUUGAAAGGCCUCUUGGAAAAAGACUAUACGAGACGUGUUGGUUCACAAUAUAGUCCUGCUGGUGAUAUUUGUGAUCAUAUAUUUUUCAAAGAUAUUGAUUGGGGACUUUUAGAAAAGAGGCAGCUAUCACCACCCUUCAAACCUCAAGUGAAACAUCCUUUGGAUACACAAUAUUUCGAAAAAAUUUUUACACGAGAAAGAGUCCGCCUAACACCUAUUGACAAAGAAAUUCUUCAGUCAAUGGAUCAGGAACAAUUUCAAGGAUUCUCGUAUACAAAUCCAAAUGCAACUUUGGACUGAAGACUUCUUCAUCAAAGUAUUAAGUAUUUAUUUGAACGUUCAUUUGGUCCAGUAUAAAAUUGAGUGCAGAGUAAAAAAAAAAUAUAUUAUUAUGUAGAAAUCUACAUUGAAAGGAAAAAUUUUGUUGGAUCUUAAUUUUAUUGCAAUAAUUUUUUUUUUUUUGACAAAUAAAAAAAAUCCUUAUGAAUUAGUUUUAGAUACUCAAAUGCAGUUUAUCAAAUUGAAUUCAGCUGUAGAUUUAGGUUUAAUUGUUAGUUUUUAUUUAUUAUUUUUUAAUUAUUUAUAUAUGAUUUUUAAGAAUUAAAUUAAAAAUACAAAAACAAAAUAAUGGAAAUUCUGAUGUGAAAAAUAUGUGAGACUAUGUAAUUGAAAUUUUCAAAAAACUUAGCGUUUAAAAGAGUGUUGAAACAAUUUGAAAUGUCAAACCAUGUCAUUAUUUUUAUACGGUGGUAUAUAUGAUAAAUAAAAUAAAUAAGUUAGGAAUACAACAAUAAA